GAAAAUAGGGUCCUUUUCCUAUAGAAGUAAAACAGUCUUUUUGGGGAUAACAUCUUAGCAUCAUUUUGUUCCUCAGUAAUAACCAAGACGUAUCCCACCUGCUUGGUCAUAUCUACUUCUGAAUCUUCCUAGUCCUGAGUUUCCCUUCAAGCGCUUCCAAUUUGUGCAUUUUACCAGCCUCCCAACAAUAUCUGACCUCCCAUCAAAGAGUAGGGCCACCAAAACUAGGACUCUAGAAUGAACCCUUUGCAGAAGAGUAAGCAUUGUCCUAUAUAUGGUUUGGUGAAUCACAAUACUGUAUACAGAUAGUUCAGUUGUUAGGAAGGAUCAUUUUCAAAAGCUAAAUGUCCACUUUCCAUCUAAAACUUCAUCAUAUUUACCCCUGCAAGUCAUUUGGACUGGAAAAAAGAAUGAGGGAGAAUUUUAACCCAUUUCUCCUAUUUCAAAACCUGGACAAUUGAAGAAAUCAAGUACAAAAAAUACAAUGAGAAACAAUUAGGAUAUCAUCCUGUUACUUGGCAGCGUUAAACUUUAGAUUUUCAACAUUGUGUAUUUAGAUUAGACACGAUUAUGGUCUCUCUUACCAAAAUAGAAUUAGCAUAGAGUCAAGCAAAUUAGUAGAACAAAAAGAAAAGAAGAAAAUAUGUGUUAGGAAAUAAGGACAAAUAAGAGGAAUAGAAAGAGAAAACAAGUUACUUUAGGGGUCAACUGUUCUAUCACAACUCAGAAAGUCUAGACUAGAGAGCGAUUUAGAAACUUGCGCUUUUUCCUCUCUUCAGCGUGGGGUGCCCACAACUUGCGCGCUCUCUUUUUGCUGCUCCCCAGCUCUCGGAUACAGCCGACACCAUGGGUUUCGGAGACCUGAAAAGCCCCGCCGGCCUCCAGGUGCUCAACGAUUACCUGGCGGACAAGAGCUACAUCGAGGGGUAUGUGCCAUCACAAGCAGAUGUGGCAGUAUUUGAAGCCGUGUCCGGCCCACCGCCUGCCAACUUGUGUCAUGCCCUACGUUGGUAUAAUCACAUCAAGUCUUACGAAAAGGAAAAGGCCAGCCUGCCAGGAGUGAAGAAAGCUUUGGGCAAGUAUGGUCCUGCCGAUGUGGAAGACACUACAGGAAGUGGAGCUACAGAUAGUAAAGAUGAUGAUGACAUUGAUCUCUUUGGAUCUGAUGAUGAGGAGGAAAGUGAAGAAGCAAAGAGGCUAAGGGAAGAACGUCUUGCACAAUAUGAAUCAAAGAAAGCCAAAAAACCUGCACUUGUUGCCAAGUCUUCCAUCUUACUAGAUGUGAAACCUUGGGAUGAUGAGACAGAUAUGGUGAAAUUAGAGUGCGUCAGAAGCAUUCAAGCAGAUGGCUUAGUCUGGGGCUCAUCUAAACUAGUUCCAGUGGGAUACAGAAUUAAGAAACUUCAAAUACAGUGUGUAGUUGAAGAUGAUGAAGUUGGAACAGAUAUGCUGGAGGAGCAGAUCACUGCUUUUGAGGACUAUGUGCGGUCCAUGGAUGUGGCUGCUUUCAACAAGAUCUAAAAUCCAUCCUGGAUCAUGGCAUUUAAAUAAAAGCUUGAAAGAUUAAAAAAAAAAAAAAAAAAACUUGCUACAGGGUGCAAGGAUCCUUGGCAGCUAGGGUAGUGAUCCAGACCAGUUAACUCACAAUCUCUGAGGAUAAGACCCAGUAGUCAUUUACAAACUCCUCAGGAGCUAGAGACCAGCCUGAGCAACAUAGUGAGAACUCAUCUCUACAAAAAAAAAAAAAAUCUUUUUUUUUUUUUUUUUUAAUUAGCUGGGCAUGAUGGCGGACACAUGUAGUCCCAGAUACUGGGGAGGGUAAGGUGGGAGGAUCAUUUCAGCCCAGGAGAUCAAGGCUGCCCUAAGGUGUGAUUGUGUCACUGCACUCCAGCCUGGGCUACAGAGCCUAUCAGAAAAAAAAAAAAAAAAAAAAAAACGCCUGGUGCAACAGCUGUAAUCUUAGCACUUUGGGAGGCCAGGGUGGGCGGGUCACUUGAGGUCAGGAGUUCAAAACCAGCCUGGUCAACACGAUGAAACCCCGUCUCCACUAAAAAUACAAAAAAUUACCGGGGCGUAGUGAUGCAUGCCUGUAAUCCCAGCUACUCGGGAGGCUGAGGCAGGAUAAUCGCUUGAACCCGGGAGGUGGAGGUUGCAGUGAGCCGAGAUCGCACCACUGCACUCCAGGCUGGGUGACAGAGCAAGACUCUGUCUCAAAAAAACACAUACAUACACACACAAA